CACCAUUGAAUACAGUUAUUAUUGACGAGAAUGGAGUGGUAUCUUUCCUUUGCUGUGCACAUUAAAAUCAAAUGCAGAAUUAUUUCGCAAAAAAUGCACGAAAAUAUGUAAUGCAAACCACCAAGCCCCCUAUGCUCCAUAUAACCCCAUGACCAACCCAUGCGUUCCAAUGUCGUGUAUCAGCAAUAUCAUCAUUGCUUAUUUGCUAGCGGCGACAAACUCAGGGUCGCAGAUAAUACUGCUAACCUCGCUGUCCUGCUGGAAGGUCCACUCUCCCUUAUCCGCGUCGGAGAAAGUUACAUCGACAUUCGCGCCCCUGAGAACAGUGAUGGGGUUUCCAGCAUUAUCCAAGAUCUGACAACGCUGAGCCGGGUCAACAAGUUCGCCGACACGGAGCUCAACCGUCUCAAAGGGACCCUUGCUGCCUACGGGGGGCUUCUCCUGGCGAGAGCCAGCAGUGAAAACAGUCUGCGAUCCCGUCUCGGUAGCCUGAUUGCUGAGCACAACGCGGAUCUCAAGGGCAUCAGAGCCAAUCUUGACGAAAGUAGGGUCGCAGACGACCUCGCUGACCUCGGCGGGCUCACGGAAGGUCCAGGGCCCCUUGUCGGCGUCCGAGAAGGUGAUAUCUGUGUUCGUGCCGCGGACCGCGAUGAUGGGCUUGCCUGCCUCAUCGAGGGCUUGGCAACGGUACUCCUGGUUCUGGACAUCCUUGCCGACUUCGAUUUCGAUGGUCUGGAAGGGGCCGCUGGUGGCGGGGGCUUGGUACUGGCGGACGCCGCCCUGGAAGGCGUUCUGGGCGCCCGUCUCGGUGGCCUGGUUGCUGAGUAUGACGCGGACCGUGUUGUCCGUCAUGGAGCGGCUGCUGAUGCCCUUGGGGGCUGCGAGGGCGCCCGAGGCGGAGAGAAGGGCGAGGAUGGUGGUUUUGUACUGCAUUUUGAAUAUUAUUGUGUAAUAUUAUGCGGGUCUGAGAGAAGCGAAGAAAGGAAAAGAAAAAAAAGAAAAAAGGGAAAUAAGAAAAUUGUUAGGAAAAGUUGUUUGUGUUCUAUGAUGAUGAGGAAGCUACAUCUUAACCGUGUUGAUGGGAGUUCUUAUACCCACUUCAUGAAGUCACACGGCUCGGGGGUUCGUCGUCGGCGCCAACUGCUGAUUGCACAGCCAUCACUAAUAAAGUUGGUUUAAUCUGCGAAAGGCUGCAUUCGCAUUCCUAAAAUGUUGCCAAAUACAGAUUUUC